GUUCCUGUCUAAAGCAAACUAUCCUCUGGAAGAGGUAAAGGCGCCUUUCUUCCAGAAUAGUACAAAUUAGGAUAUUUGAGGAAGAUAGAAUUAUAAUAUAAAGAACUUAAUCUUAGUCAGAGAUUCGUAACGUGGCCAUUGAAGGUCAAUUGGUAUGCUGAAUCUAAUUUUUUAAUCUUCCGAACAACUCAAACAUGUCAACGGAGAACAUGAAAAAUCAAACAAUGAAUCAUUCUAUUGCCGAAAUAUCAAUUGAACCAAUGCGUUAUGGAGUGAGCUUGAGCCCUUCCUAUAACAGCAGAUGGUCAGCACCAUCUGACAUUCUUUUUCAAAGAUUUCAUACCAGUCCAGAUGUUCCUAAAAAAGCGGAUGAUAUAAUUCAAUCCCUUACUUAUUUAGAUUCGAAACUUACGGAGCUUUCAAAAUUGGUAUUACCGAUUCCGCUUCAAACGGGAAGUGCAAUUGAUUUGAACCAAAUUCAAGUGCUUUUCAAAAAUAAUUGGGUGUUAAACGAUCCCAAAUAUGCAAAAUUUGAAUCUUUUGUUAAGCAUCUGAAACAAAGCCUGUUGGAGCUUCAAACUGAGAAGCAGGAUAUUUCAAGUCAGUCGCCUCGGGAUGACCCAUCAAUGAGCAAGAUAUCUUAUUCGUGCAAUGAAAAUAAUCAUGGAACAGAUUCACUUUCAUUAGAGCCUUCAGAAGGCCAACCGUCCGCAAGUAUGAAAGUUGAUGAGCUGGCUAAAGCAACUUACAUGCUUAGCCAGAUCAUGUUAGAAUACGGUCGUUUAAGUAACUGGAAUCACUCGAGAGAUGCAACGGUAUUUGAGUUCGUAUCGUGUUUUUCCAAAGAAAUCGAUAAAUUUCGUAAAUCUAUUAAUUAUAGCAUUAUCCACACGAAAGAACAAUAUUUAACGCUGGAAGUCGAAAAUACUCAAAGGAAUAAAGAAAUGAAUAUUAUCAGAGAAUCUCUAACUCAAACGGAAAAAGCUCUUAUUUUUAAGGAAAAAAGAUUAAAGGAUCGUCAGAUUGAGACGCGGGCUCUACAGCGAAAAAUUGAGAGUUUGAGAAACCUAAAUUGGGGACUUACCUCUAGGGUAAACCAGCUCACAAAAGAAAUCGAAGAACACCAGCACUCCUCUGAAGCUGUUCUGAAUAAGUAUAAUAGUUUAAAGCAAGAAUCGGAAGACUGGUUAGCGAAUAAGAAAAACGAAGACGCAAAACUUGCUGAGCUCAAAGCUUUGGUAAAAGGUUUAGAAGAUGAAAGAGCCAGUAAUUUGAAAAAAGAGGAUGAGCUUAAAGAAACACUCACUAAACGCGAGAAAGAUUUGGAACAGCUAAAAAUCUCACUCAACAAUGAAAUGGAUUCGAAAGCUUGUUUAGCUAUGCAAUUAGAGCAACUUCAUUUACAAAUUUCGCAACUAAACAAGGACAUCAGAAUAAAGGAUAACGAACUUUCAGAAGUUAAAACGUCUCUUCGCGCAAAUACGCUUUAUAUAGAUGAUGUCAAGGAAGAAUUGAGCAAGCAGAAAGCUGAUUACAUUUUUCAAGUAAAUGCAUAUAAACAAAGAUAUAAUCUGUUACAUGACAGCUUUCAAAAAGAAACUCAAGAGAAGUCGGAUUUGGAAUCUCAAAAUCAAUCUUUGCAUAAAGAAAUCAAUCUUCUUCAAGCUGAAAUUGAACAUCGCGACUUUGAGUUCUCCGAACUCAAUGACCAACUGAAUCAAGAUGAAACCCGAAGAAAUGAAACCACUGAGAAAUUAAACCGCUUAUGCCGGGAGAAAACUGACUUGUUGUCAAAAUUGCAUGUUCAAAAACACGCUUAUGAACUUCAAAAGGAAAAGUUUGAAAAGGCAUUAAAAGAACUUCAUGUCAAAACUCAAAAUGAAACUGAAUUCAGAAAAGAUAAAAGCCGACUAGUAUCAGAAUUAGCAUGGAUUAAAUCAGAAAAGGAAACGAUGACUUGUGAAAUUGCCGACGGUGCAAAGAAACAAACAGGGUUCGAGGCCCAAAUUGGUGAACUAAAAGGUGAACUAUCUAGACUACAGUCUAAGCAUCAAGAAAUUCUCUUGAAGUACAGUACAAUACUGAAUUCAUCAGAAGCUUUGCAAAAACAAGUGAAGGACCAAUCCGUGUUCCAAAGAGAAAUUGAAAGCUUUAAUCAACAGAAGGAUACCCUGCAGAGAUUUUUACUUUUUUCGGCUCAAUGUUUUGAACUAGACAUUACUGUAGAUGUCAAUGAGUUUUUCAGGGAUCUUAAGUCUGGCAUGAAGUGUUUUCAGUUGUUAUAUAAUAUGUAUAAAAGGUUAUGUAAACAAUGUGAUUUGCCUUUUAUAAUGAAUACCAAGCAGCUAAACGAAAAAGAAUUGACGAGAGACAUCCGGAUGUUGUCAGCAAAGGUUAGUACUUUACGCGAGUUGUAUGUUCAAAAGUCCAAGGAAGUGAAGAAAUAUGAUCUGGCGUUGAAGGCUUUUAUUGAUGAAAAAGCCUUAUUAGCGAACACAGUUGCAACAAGCCUUGAGUCUCCAUUGCGAGGAAUGGAAAACAAAAUGACGAAUCACGAAAGCCGAGUAAGCCAGUUAAUUAAAAGCUUUGAUACACCUCGAAGCUCCCCCACCAAACAGUCGUCAUUUGAAUUGAUGUUGAAAUCUCCUCCAUCAUACGAAGAGUCAACAAAAGUUCAAGCCGAGCAGGUAUCGAAGAAUGAUAGACAAGGAACUAUUGCAAUCAAUCAGACACUAUUAAGGGAAAACAAGCUUCUUAGAAACUUAGUGGAUCGUCUCAAUAAAGUUACUGGUAACACUUCAUAUACCAAUACAGAAAUGCAUACAGGCGUGGAAUGCUUAACAUACAAAUCACUAGAAGCAGCCUUUGAAACCCUUUCCGAUAGUAAACGUACUCUUCUAGUCGACCUGGCAGAAACAAAGAACCAGUUGGAAGAAGUUGACAGAAAGUAUCGAAAUUUACGACUGGUACUUAAUGAAGAACCUUCUUCCAAUAUGGACCACAUACUAAAUAAUAUUUCACCAGAUAACGAGCAUAUUGACAGCGAAGUACUAGUUCGAAAGUGUCAGGAGCAGUUACUGGAAGAGCUACGCAACGUUCGUAACUUGGAGAAGUUGUUGGCGGAAGAAAGAAUUAAGUCCAAUGAACUUUCUUUACAGUUAGAUAGACAGCAUGAAGAGUUGCUGUUGUACAAGUGCAAAGGAAAGGUGGAGUGAGUCUUAAAAAAGAACUUCUAUAUUCCGGUUGAAUAUUUAGUUAUGUCUCCCUAUUCAUUCAUUGAAAAUAUUGAUAUAGUAAAAUGUACACAACAAAUGAAUAAUAAAGCGCUUAAUUAGAUUAAUUUAUUCAGUUCAUCAACA